CCUCAGCCUCCCGAGUGCUGGGAUUAUAGGUGUGUGCCACCACAUCCAGCAUCACCUGUUUAUUCUGAUAAACAAAUUGUACAUGCCAAGGGCCAGGGAUGGGCCCUUAACUCUGAGGGAUGGUAAGCCAAUCCUGAGGGUCGCCUCUCUACCAAGAGACUUGGCAUGGAAAGUAAUUAAAAGUAUCCACAAUGCUUGUCAUUUAGGACAGAAAGCCCCUCACUUUGGUUACCAUGUUCAUUCUGGGGGAAGGACUGGAUGAAGUGACACAACAGGUGGUUAAAGGAUGUGAGCUAAAGUGUGUCUGAGAACUAAGCCUCAGAGCCUGACUAAAACCCCCACGGGGACAACAUCAAAGCAAUUAUCCAGGGGAAGACAGCAGAUUGAUUUCCCCCACAGGCAAGGAGGUCAACACAUUGGUUCCUCUUAGCCCCAGUUGAUUCUCACAUGGGGUGGAUAGAAGCCCUUCCUACCCAGACUGAAAAGGCUCGAGAAGUAGUGAGGGUCCUUGUGUGUGAGAUUAUUCUAGAGUCCAAGAAGUCUCCAACAUGACAUGGGCCCGCUUUCUGCUCUCAAGUCAUCCAGGGAGUCUCAAAAGUCCUGCGCAUGGAGUAUCAGCUCCACUGUGCGUGGCAGCCUCAAUCACCAUGACAGGCAGAAGGGGCUACUGGGACUCUCAAAAAUACCUGCCCAAGCUGGGACGGGAACGCAAGGCCCCUUGGAAGCAGCUCCUACCUGUGGCCCUUAUAUGGGAUAGGAAUGAGCCCGGGUUUUGGGGAUGUCUCCCUUUGAACUUCUGUAUGGGAGACCCUUCCUCAGAAACGACAUCCUAGCUGACCCAUCAACUGAGGGAGCCUUGAGACAAGUAAGGUCCUUAGCCCAGUUCCAACAGAUCCUGUAAGCCUUGAGACAAACAAAUCCACCUACCGAGCCCUUCUUCUGCCCUUGGACCCUGGUGCCAGUCAAGGCCUUAGACACACAGGACAUAAGCAAACCUUGGCGGGAAGAUGCACCUACAUAGUGGUCCUUUCCACCCCACUGCAGUUAAGGUAACAAGGUAUGACUCUUGGAUUCAUCACAUCCGGGUAAAGCUGUGGACUGCGUCCAAGAACCAUGGCAACAAUACACCUCCAGGCCACAUCAGAGCCUGUCUACACCUGUGAACCUGUGGAAGAUUUCAAGUUCCUCUUCAAAAGAUAAAGCAAAGAGAAGUGACGCUAAAAAUCUGUUUACUAUGGGUAUCGGUGAUGUCCACUUCCUUAUCCCAAUUUCAAGAUUUCCUGUACAUUCGGUGUCAGGAAGUGCAAUUUUAUUCUAUGGCCACCGGACAGGAUGUCAUCAAUGCCAUAUAUAAUCUCUGGUUUCAGGGCUCUUUUUCUGACUUUACUCCAGCACAUAUAGAUUUCUUCUGUACUCUCUGUACUCUCAUUCUGUACUCUCACUCUGUGUCCAGAGGAAGAAGAGGGUAUCAAUGACUGAUAAAGAGGGCCCUAAACAGCCUGUGUUUCUACUAUGUAUUUUCCUGUGGCUUUUACUUAUAAUCUUGGCAUGGCUCCAUUCAGUUGUCUUUUGCCUCAGGGAUGGAAUCAUUUCUCAUGCUCACAUUCACCCUAGCUUGGAUCAUCCUCUGUUAUUUUCAAUGGCACACAGACUCCCACUUGGACCAUGAGGCUGACAUAACAAUUCACUCAUUCAGAUGGCAGGAGCCCUGACCAUAGGGUAUCCCAGUUGUUGGUUUUGUUUUACAGACCCCAGAUGGUCAUGGCCCUCUUUGAGUGAUAAUUGAACCUGUGCAACACCCACAAGAUCUUAAAUAUGAAAGACGGUCCCUGGGGUCUCCAAAUCCCUUAACCGUCUUAACAGGAGUUCCUACCAGAGGUGUUGACAGAAGGCACUGACAUACUUGACUGGAUUUGGCACACAGAUAUAAGGUCAGACUUUCGUGCAAUGCAGAGGGUCAAGCCACUCACCACCCUGUCCUAUACCCUCCAUAGAGAAUGGUGAGAAAGAAAAGAAAAACACAAUUUACCUAGUAACAUUUUUACACUGUCCCUCAAGCAAAGACAAUACAAGUUAUUCCCAAAAAUCUACUUCCAACUAAUCUCACGAAUGGGAUUCAGCUCUCUUAUGUCUCCCCCCUGGGUAAUGGGAGAUAAGAAGUCCAAGAUGAGUUUCAAUCCAGGGGAACACAGUGCUUAGAUCCCUGUAAAUGUAGAGGAAGCUAGGGAGUCAUUCAGGUAAGCUCUAAUCCUGAUGUUGUGCCUUUAAUCAUUCUGACAUAGAGCAAUGAGAACAGGCUCAUAUUGGGACACUGACAUAUCUUUGCCUCAGGGGAAGCGACAGCCUGUCACCCUCGCUGUUCUAGGAAUUGCAUCCCUUCUGCCCGCACAGGGAUGAGUCACCUAUGUCAUCACUUGCCAAUUCAGCUCAAAUACCCAACCUCAGUGCUAUGAUGCUGAGAAGUUUCUCUCAAUUCACUUGCAGAAAUGGUGCUAGAGCAUCGUCAAGUUCUGGACUGGAUGCUGACCCACCUGGGAGGCGCCUGCACAGAAUAAAACUACCUGCUACACGCACAUUAACACCUUCAAAAGGGGGAAGACCAGGACUUAGGUUAUUUUACAAAAAGCCAUUUGGUUAAGUGACCAGUGGGUUAUGGACUCUCUGGCCUCCCGAACCAUAGGACAAAUUAAAGAAUGGCUUCCAUCUGUGUCCACUUGGUUAUCACCUUUGCAGGGCCAUUUGACAGUCAUUCUCUUGUUAUGCUUACUUGGGCCAUAUCUUCUCAACUUUCUCUCAAGCUCUAUUACAGAAAGAAUAAAUGCCAUAAAACUUCAGGUGGUACUUCAGAUGAAACCUCAGAUGGGUCCCUCCUCCCCUACCAAGGCCCUCUAGACAAGCCUCCCGACUGAGGACUCCAUCCACUGCCCCCAACAACAACCCACUCAGCUCCAGGAAGUCAGAUCGCUUCUUGCCUGUUUCCGCAACAGCAGCUGGAUGGACAUCACAGAGGUGGAAAUGUAGGGAAAGUCAGGGGACAGGCAGGGAAAGUUAAAGGGCCUCAGUGAGGUUUCUGGCAAAUAAAGAAUUAAACCUCCGGGAGAGGACAAGAAAAACAGAGAGCUGAUAAGACCACCUGGCCCGGCUGCUUCAAGCCAAGGCUCAAUUCCACCUCCAGCUAAGCACAAAAGAAACAAAGUGGGGAGGGGGCUAUAUUAGUAAAAAUAAUUCCGUUAGUAUAAAAAUAUAUACUACCACCUGGACACACACAUACCCAUGUGUAAGUACACAGAUAUUUUAUUACUCUCACCACACUAACACUAAAAUGCACAUGCACCCUACUUACUAACUCGGCCUUGAAUGUAACUCUGCCGUCCCUCACAAGGUGAGCCCCUGGACAGCACAGAAGCCACAGAAGCACUUAGGCAGAACGCACACGUAGGCAAUGGAAGGGGCAAUAGCCAAGUCAGGGGUCUCGAGCCCAGCGGCUGAUCAAGUUAUAGCAACUCCCCAGGGGGAGCACCCUUUCUUGCCAGGUAAUCAAGGAGGCUGAGAACAAAGACCCCGAGUGCAGGCUCCUGGCUCCCUACCUUAUUCUGACAAGGUAGCUGUCUAACUCCUUAUUUUCUCCCCUUUCCAGUAAGGCGAUUUUGUUUCUUCUAAAACUUGCAUCUCUAAUUCUUUUAUGAGUAUAAAGUUUUACAAACCCUAGGUAAGAUCUACCCUCUCCAGACACAACAGAAGGAAGGAAAAGAAAGAAGAAAGGAGGGAGGGAAGGAAGGACUAAGGAAGGAAGGAAGAUCAACCUGAGCCUAGAAGUGGCCUGCAGCCAGAUUCACACACCACAUUUCCAAGCAGCGCGAGCCAGUACUUCCAGCCACUUGCAGGGCAUCAUGGGAAGGGACUCCACAGUGGCUCAGGUGCAACACCCCCCCUGGGGGGCCUGCUGUCUCCAGGCAGGACAGAUUGGGAAGAUGAAACUUUUGUAAAAACCCCAGAUGGGAAGUGUCUUCAGUAUAGACUGGAUCCUAGCACCAGAUCUAGAAGUAACCCUCACAAGUGCUUUUCAGUUAGAAUUAGAAUGAAGCCUAAGAAUUCCAGCACUGAGGUGCCAGGGGAAAAAAAAUACAAAAAGAAAACAAACAAAACAGAACAAAACCUUACAUGCACAUGCAGAGCCAUCCCUUGUGGAUGACAUGUACCUGGGUACGGAUCCUGGGCCUGCCUGCCGCUCCUAGUGUUCUCCAGUGGGCCAGUUACUUUGCCUCCCUGAGCCUCAGUUUCCUGGUCAGUCAAACGGGGCAAUAUUCCCAACUGCCCAGGGUUAUGUGAAGACUAAGAUAGUGCUCAUGGUAGCCACAUACAGUUUUAAGUGUCACUAAUAAAGGUAAAAGUCUUUUAAAACUAGGAAUGCCGACUUGGCCCUGAGUUAGUGAUAUACCAUUUCGGAGGACGACAGAGAGAAAUGAGCUUGGUCCACUUGGUCUUGGAGCGGCCACUGGUACCAUCCAAAUGCACCUGGCAUGAGCCACCCCGGGAGGAGACUUGGAGCCCACGCUUGGCAGUCCACAGUGCUCUCGUGAGGGCCCUUCUGUGCUGAGGAGGCGCACACCAGCCUCGAGCCAGGCCCGAGGGGCUGAGCUGCUUCCCCACAGGACAGACAGCACCCCCAUUAUGAAGCAGCCUGCAGCUGUGGCCAGCCCCACAUAAAGGCCACGAUUUAUUCUGCAAGCCCAAAUGGGGCCUAAUUAUACGGGGCAGGACACAGGACCCUACAGCAAGUGUCCUGAAAGAAUCCUCUCUCAUUCUGCCCAACAAAACUCCUCAGCCUCCCACCCUCGCCAUUCACGUCACCCUGCUCCUGCAGCCUGAGCGCUGGGAGUGUGGCUGGUUGCCAUGGCGGCUAUCCCCUCCCUGCCCCGCUGUACGAGCUCAUCCCCUUCUCAAACAUCCUGUUGUGUCUGUCAAUUCCAGCCAGAGCCCCCCACCCACCCCGCUUUGCCCACUCCCAGGCUCCCAAGACAGUCACACACUCAGCCUCUGUGACGCUCAGUGGCCAGGCUGGGGGGGGAUUGCACAGACUGGGGACACACUGGAAUAUUCACAGACUCUGUGGCAGCAGAAGCAACAGAAGAGCAGCCCACCCCAUAAGGGACCCCUCAGGAAUGAAGCAGCCUUUCAGGGCCAGAGGGGCUGCAGCCUCCCCUUUUUUCCUUAAAUAGCCAGCCCUCCACCCAUAGCUGCAAAGAGCCCACUGCCACCACCACGCUCACCUGUGCCACCUGACUCCUGCCCCUUCUGCUGGACCAGCUGCAAGAGUAAACGCUCUCCUAACUUCUUCCUUUCUGUCUGCACUCUUGUUUUUCAACUCCGAGGCAACACGCUUGGGAUCACGCAGUUCUUAAAGAGAUAACAAUUUCAGGUUUGGAAGACACGCGAGACUGAUAGGAGGCUACAGGCUCUUUUGCUUCUGCCGCCUGCCCAGUCCUGCUCACAUUCCCACUCCCAGGCCCCCGGGAAGGAAACAGAGUACAGGGACCACUCUUUUCUUCCUCAGAUCUCCUGAGUGGACUAAAAUUGAGGCUCACCCACAGCUCUGCUCUGGCCACAGCAUGAAUGGCCUAGAGACAGCCUCCCUGAGUCCGACCAGCAACUCCUCCCUGGCCACUGCUGAGCGAUGUGGGCAGGAGACACCACUGGAGAACAUGCUAUUCGCCUGCUUCUACCUCCUGGAUUUCAUCCUGGCUUUUGUGGGCAAUGCCUUGGCCCUGUGGCUUUUCAUCCGGGACCACAAGUCAGGCACCCCAGCCAACGUGUUCCUGAUGCAUCUGGCGGUGGCUGACUUGUCCUGUGUGCUGGUCCUGCCUACCCGCCUGGUCUACCACUUCUCUGGGAACCACUGGCCUUUUGGAGAAAUCCCGUGCAGACUCACCGGCUUCCUUUUCUACCUCAACAUGUAUGCCAGCAUCUAUUUCCUCACCUGCAUCAGCGCUGACCGCUUCCUGGCUAUCGUGCACCCAGUCAAGUCCCUCAAGCUGCGCAGGCCCCUCUAUGCCCACCUGGCUUGUGCCUUCCUGUGGGUGGUAGUGGCUGUAGCCAUGGCCCCACUGCUGGUCAGCCCACAGACGGUGCAGACCAACCACACGGUGGUCUGCCUGCAGCUGUACCGAGAGAAGGCCUCCCACAAUGCCCUUGUGUCCCUGGCUGUGGCCUUCACCUUCCCCUUUGUCACCACAGUCACCUGCUACCUGCUGAUCAUUCGCAGCCUGCGGCAGGGUCCCCGUGUGGAGAAGCGCCUCAAGAGCAGAGCUGUGCGCAUGAUCGCUAUAGUGCUGGUCAUCUUCCUGAUCUGCUUCGUGCCCUACCACGUACACCGCUCUGUCUACGUGCUGCACUACAGCGGCAGCGGGGCCUCCUGCGCUGCUCAGCGUGUCCUGGCCCUGGGCAACCGCAUCACCUCCUGCCUCACAAGCCUCAACGGGGCCCUGGACCCUGUCAUAUACUUCUUUGUGGCUGAGAAGUUCCGCCACACCCUGUGCAACUUGCUCUGUGGCAAAAGGCUCAUGGGGCCACCCCCCAGCUUUGAGGGGAAAACCAACGAGAGCUCCCUGAGUGCAAGGUCAGAGCUGUGAAUCACAGGCCACAGCCCCCGGAUGAUAAGGUUGGGGCAAGAGGACUGAAUCUUCCCCCAUUUGGCUCCUGGCAAACAACCUGAAGUCUCAGCAGGUCCCCACCCCUCCCUCAAGUCGGCAGGCUGAGUUCACCUAGGCCCAAGCUCAGUCUUACCCACAAGCAAACUCCUGGAAAUGGAAGACUAACAAUGGUGACUGAAUAGCCAACCCUGUGCAGGGACUGUGCUAAACGCAGCUCCCAGACACUCGGGGACUUCGCUCCUCGCAAGAGGGGCCAGGGCUCCUUCUUUGCUAACCAGGCUCGAAGCCUCCUACCCACCACAGUGAAGCCCUGCAGAAAGACCCAGGGCUGCAUGGGGCCCAGGAGAAGAGGCAGCAUGGCUGUUAGUGGAGUUGGGGGGUGGGGGGUAUCCAAAUAUUUCCUUUAAAGUGCAAGGUUUCUGGAGGUCCCUUUGCAGUGCCUUUGCCAGAUGACCCCUUUCUGAGUUUAGGGGACAUAAACUAAAUUAUAGCCAAAUGCUCUAAGUGCAUUUUAGAGGUUUGCUGUGCGAUGCUGAGCAAACCUGGCCCAGCUCAGCUCUGGGUUCUUGCCUCUCCUGGUAUAAACCCACACAAUUUGCCGUAGCCUGACAAUCUGAGCCCCUUGGCAGGAGAAGGUGGCCUCACCAAGCACAGGCCAUAGUGGACAGUCACCAGGAGCCAACCUCAGGCAGGGAGCUGGUAUGUGACGCUCUCUCCUGCUAUCCCAGACCUGGCAGGGAUGUCCUAAACGUCACCCUUCCCGAGAGGCCUGCAGCCCCUGCCGCCCUGCUUUGCUUUCACUCGGUAGCAUGCAUAUCCCAUCCUAACAUGUCCUUUGAGUACUUGUUUGUGCUGAUCAUGAAUAUACCUGUAGCUUUAAAAUGAAGGUUAUUGUUUGCUCA